AUGAUUGAAUUAGAAAUGCAAAUUGAACAACUAAAACAAACUAUUCAAGCUGCUAAUACAGAAGUAGAUAAUUUGAUAUUGCAGAACAAUGACUUGCAAAGGGAACUAGAAAAUUGCCAGAUGGUGAUUAAAUCACUAAGAGCUAUACAAACUUUAGGACCUGAAAAAAUACGCGAGACUUGGACCAAUGAAUUGAAAUUAGGCGUAACGACUAUUGAAGGCUUUAAACUUGUAUCAUAUUACAAUAGGAUGUUAUUUGAACAUGGAGGUACAGCUAUUUUUGUUAGACACUCACUUGAAUAUAAAGUAAGACAUGACAUUGUAAAGUUGAGUAUUGAAAUGAAUUGUGAACUAGCGGCAAUUGAAGUAAAAUCGUCUAAAUUAGUUAUUAUUUGUGUAUAUAGACCUGAUUAUGAUUAUUUAAUAUUCGAAGAUAUUAUGACUAAAGUUAUCGAAAAAAUAGGUAGGGAAAACAAAAGAAUUGUAAUUGCAGGAGAUUUUAAUUUAAACCUAUUGAAACCAAAUAAUAAAGUAUGCAAAUUUUUAAAACUAUUGAGUGAAUUAAAAUGUAAAUUCGUCUUAAAUGAGCCAACCCGAACCAAAGGGAAGUCUUCCACAUGUAUUGAUAAUUUCAUUUUAAAUGACGAUGAUGAUUUUCAGUAUCACAGGGGUAAAGUAUUAGACGUAAAGUUAUCAGAUCAUAACGUCAUAGAAUUAAAGUAUAAAUUGAAUUCUAAGUAUCCUAAACCAAAGGAGAAGACUGAGGUUAGAUCUAGAAUAAUAUCUCAGGAAAAUAUAAAAUAUUUUCAUUACUUGUUCUGUAAAGACUUUGAAUGUGUAAGAAAGGAUGUAAAUUUGAAACUUGACGCAAAUGAGAAAAUGAACAUUCUAAAGACCAUAUAA